AUGGGAAUAAAUGAGAUUCCGGUGGACUUGCCAUCUGGUGAGGUCGCUGUUAAAGUCUCACUUAUCAAUCCUGUCAAUUUUGGGCCUGCAAUACUGGAAAGGUUUAUGGCGCCCCCGGUCCCCAGCCUUGAAACAUUCAAGACCUCGCCAUCACUUACAUUCCUGCUGGAGCAUCCAUCUGGUAGAAAAUUGGUAUGGGAUCUGGGAAUUCGCAAGGACUUCUGUAAUUAUGCCAAGUCAAUCGCCGACUAUAUUCCAACUACCAAAUACGACAUUCAUGUCACGAAGAACGUGGUCGACAUCCUAGAGGAGAACGGGAUCAGGGGUUCCCAGAUCGAAGCAGUCAUAUGGAGUCACUGGCACUGGGAUCAUAUCGGUGAUCCGUCUAGCUUUCCUCCGUCCACCGAUCUCAUUGUCGGUCCAGGAUUUUCCAAAGCCAUGUUGCCUGGCUAUCCAGCCAAUCCAAAGUCACCCAUUCGCGAAAGCGACUACAGCGGACGAAAGCUUCGUGAGAUCAAUUUUGAUGGUCCCAAUACUCUGCACAUUGGGCAGUUUCCAGCAUUUGAUUAUUUUGGGGAUGGUUCAUUUUAUCUGCUCGAUAGCCCAGGGCACGCCAUAGGACACUUAUGCGGCUUGGCUCGAACAACCAGAGAUACCUUCGUUCUAAUGGGUGGUGAUGUGUGCCAUUAUGCUGGCAUAUUUCGCCCCUCCAAGCGCCUUCCACUACCGGCUGAAAUUACCCCCCACCCAUAUAAACCUCUUUGCGAUACUCCAUUCUGUCCUGGUACUGCUUUUGCGGAGCUCCAGUCAUCGAGAGGGCGAGAUACUUCCGAUACGUUGUACGAUAUGACAUUUGGACACGAUAUCCCACUAGCAACGAAGACCAUGCGGCAAUUACAGGAACUCGAUUGCGCAGAGAACGUCUUCGUCAUCAUUGCUCACGAUUCCACGGUCAGAGAUGGCGUUGUGCACUUUCCAGAGACUCUAAAUGAUUGGAAGGAGAAGGGUUGGGGUAGGAGAUUGAAGUGGGCGUUCCUCCGCGACCUUGAACCAUAUUUUCGGUCGAAGGAAGCAUAA